GAUUACGUUGAAGAUGUGGCUAUGUACCGCCCGGGUGGGUUUCAUCCUGUAAAUCUGGGUGAUGUACUUGGACACAAAUACAAAGUUAUAAAUAAACUUGGUAACGGAGGCUUUGCUACUGUCUGGCUAGCUCGAGUGCUAGGUGAGCAGCGAUACGUUGCCGUAAAGAUCCCUCGCGCAGACUCUUCAAAUAGAGAGAUCCUUAUCUUAACGUAUCUGCAAAGUGUUGCAAAUCACCUUAAUAUAGCAAAUCUCCUGGACACCUUUACUAUCGCUGGUCCGAACGGUACCCACAACUGUUUAGUGUCGGAGGCGGGAGGACCAAACCUACGAGCCAUCAGCAAAUCCGGCAAGCCCCUUCCGAUAUCUUUUGUCCGGCCAGCGGCUCAACAGCUUGCAGAAUGUGUGGCAAGUCUUCGCUCUGCCGGGAUAUGUCAUGGCGAUCUGACAUACUCUAAUGUCCUUUUUGACAUCAAGGAUCUUCAACAAUGGUCUGAAGUUGAGACAUAUCAGCAUCUAGGCACACCGGAAGCGGCCGUUUCUGCCAUUAGUUACUCCAACUUCAAUAUCGGACUCUUAUCCGGCGGUAUUCGCAUAGCAGACUUCGGGGAGGCCUUUUACACAAACAGCCCACCAGCUGGACUCGGGACACCGGCAUCAUACUUUGCACCAGAGAUGCUCUUUGGAUAUCAACCUUCGCCAGCGUCAGAUGUAUGGGCUCUUGGGUGUCUUAUAUUUGAAAUGCACACCUCUCGUAUAUUCGCCCCAACAGGCUUCGGCACGGUCGUGGAGGCACUGGGGAUUACUAUUGAGGCCCUUGGAGCUUUACCAGAAGCAUGGCAG